GAAUCCGAGACUUCACAAUGCAAUAUCACUAAACUAAAAUUUAUUCAUAUUUUACGGUAUAUAUUAUUCAGUGUCAUUUAUAUACCCAUCAUCUCUUUUUGAUCCUUCUUUGAUAUUAUCUCCCAUAGCAAAAGAAGAACCUCUCCCUUAUGGCCUUUUUAUCCACGAUCUCUGUAGCUUUGCUCGUCUUCUUAUUUUCUGUUGUCAUUAAUCAAGCUCAAUCUGAACACUUCUUUUUCGAGGGAUUCAAUGAAAGUGAUGAUAAGAGUGAUCUUCGCCUUGAGGGAGCUUCCAUUUUCAAGACUAGUGGUGCCCUGAGGCUCACUAACAAAACGAAAAACGCCAUAGGACAUGCGUUCUAUUCCAAAACAAUACAAAUGUUUAAUAAAACAUCGCCAAAUGCUUCUUCUUUCAACACGUAUUUCGUCUUCUCAAUUGUCCCACCGGCCUCAGGCAAAGGAGGUUUCGGCCUCGCCUUCACCAUCGCUCCCUCCUACCAGAUCGCAGGAGCUAAGGCUGGGCAAUACCUUGGACUCUUCAACGAGUUGAAUGACGGCAAAAACUCGAACCAUAUUUUUGCAGUUGAAUUCGAUACUGUUAGAGGUUACAAUGAGACGUCAAAUAGUUAUGGAAACCAUGUUGGAAUCAACAUUAACAGCAUGGAGUCCAAUACGUCGGAGCCAGCUGGUUACAAUAUCAACAACACAUUGAAGAACGAAGAAAUAGAUAUGCAUAAAGGUGAUCCUAUUCAAGCCUGGCUAGAAUAUGAUGGCGUGAGUAAAGUUGUGAACGUUACAAUGUGUCCCAUGUGGCAACAGAAACCAAUGAAACCACUCCUUAACUUUGCUGUUGAUCUAACACCAAUUGUGAAGGAGUUUAUGUAUGUUGGUUUCUCAGCCGCUACAGGGGACACAGCAAGCUCUCAUUACAUUUUGGGAUGGAGUUUUUCCACAGCAGGAGCAGCCCAUCCAUUGAAUCUCUCUGGACUUCCUAUACCUCCGGUAGAGAAAGAAUCAUCUUCUUUCCAAUUCUCAGUGAUUGCUCUUAUCGUCGUUUUGUCCGUCGUGAUCGUUCUUUUGUCCGGGAUACUGCUCUUUCUCGCGCUUUAUAAAAGAAUUGGGCGACUUGAGAGUCUUGAAGAUUGGGAAUUGGAGUGUCCGCACAGGUUUCGCUAUCGAGAUCUUUAUACAGCAACUAAAGGUUUUAAAGACAGUGAGAUAAUUGGAGUUGGAGGGUUUGGUGUAGUUUACAAAGCUGUAAUGCUUAGUACUGGAAAUGAAGUUGCUGUUAAGAAGAUCAGUCGUAAUAAUCCGAUUCAAGGGUUGAAAGAAUUUGUAGCAGAGAUUGAAAGCCUCGGGCGACUGAGGCAUAAGCACUUGGUGAAUCUCCAAGGAUGGUGCAAAAAGAAAAAUGAUCUCCUUCUGGUCUAUGACUACAUUCCAAAUGGAAGCCUCGAUUCCCUCCUAUUCCAUCCUAGAAAUGACUCGGUAUUGAACUGGGAACAGAGAUUCAACAUAGUUAAAGGCAUCGCUUCGGGUCUAUUAUAUCUGCACGAAGAAUGGGAGCAAGUGGUGAUUCAUAGAGACGUCAAGUCUAGCAACGUCCUCAUAGACGCAGAAAUGAACGGCCGAUUGGGGGACUUUGGUCUUGCCAGGCUAUACGAUCAUGGCAUAAAUUCACACACUACAAAUGUCGUCGGCACUAUUGGGUACAUUGCACCAGAAUUGGCACGUACAGGGAAGGCCUCUACAAGCUCAGAUGUGUUUGCAUAUGGGGUUCUGCUUCUUGAAGUCGCAACCGGAAGGAGGCCUAUCGGGUCAGGGCAGUUCAUAUUGGUAGAUUGGGUAAAGGAAUGCCAACAAAUGGGAAGAAUCCUUGAUGCAGUUGAUCCAAAGUUGGAUUCAAGGUAUGCAGAUGAACAGAUGAAGUUGAUUUUGGAAUUGGGUCUUCUUUGCUCACAUCAGGAAGCAGAAGCAAGGCCUAGAAUGAGACAAGUUACAAGGUAUCUUGACGGGGAUGAGAAGAUGCCCGUAAUGGACGAUAUGGGGUCAAUUGAUUCUAGUCGUCUGAAUGAAAUCAAUAGGAGAUUGAUGCAACUGAGUUGCAUAGAAAUGACAAGCACAUCGUAUCAUUCAUCUUCCAUUGGAUUCAUGUCUACAAGUUCUAUUGACGCCGGAAGAUAGUAGCUUGUAGGAGUUGAAGAGAUUUUAGCAGCUGAAAAUCUGUGUACAGGAAAAGAAAAUACCCAUACCUGUAAGCAUGGGCUAUUACCCGAGAAUAAAGAAACUAGUUAGUUAACUUAUUUUUAGUUAGUUUUCUCGAUAAGUUGUUAGUCAGUUGAACUACGUAACUGGUCCCGCCUUUUCUUUUUAGUUCUCUAGCUCUGUAUACAGGUAGCUCAGCUAUUGUUCAUUCAAUAAGACAAUAUUUUCCUUUCUCAA